AGGGAUAAUGUUUGAUAUGAAUGUUAAUGAGUUAAUAUCGGCUUUAUUUUAUUUUUUAAUUAAAACCUUUUUUUAGGUUUUAUUUUUGAUUCAUCAAAUGAAUUACUGAGUAAACUAUGGGAGGUCACACUCCUGCCUCAAUGCUCUAUCUAAAAAAAAAAACAUGCAUGUCUUCUCUGCUGUAUUCAGCCUGAUGGGGCUCAAUUUUAAAGGCUUGGGCACUUUGAACAUAGAGAGAAAUAAACUCAAAGAAAGCCAUAGGCCGUGGUUUUUCCACAGUCCUUGUCAGGGGUAUAGGAGUUUUUAAUGAGAUAAAUGAAUUUGUCUUAGUGAUAAAAAGCUAUGUAAUAUUCUGCUCAUAAAGAAAGCAUUUAUAGAUACCACAAAACUUUAGUAAACUCUGCUUGAAAUCUAACUACAGGAGCGUAUUUUUAAAAUGAACCAUUAAAAAAAAAAAGAAAAUAAAAAAUAAAAUAAAAUGAACCACUCUCAGUCAUGGGGGAAAAACAAACCUAUCGUAGCUAUAUUUGCAGUUUCAGAAGUAGCUAGUGGAAGGUCUAUUGAAUUAAUAUUUUUAACUGAUGACCCACUUAAAGGUGUCCUGUGCUUCAAAAUGUAAAAUUAGGAUACCCUAGAUCUUGAAUAAGACCUACAAAGGAUAAUUGGUUUAUACAUGCAGAAGGACCUUGGGGAUUAUUGGGCCAUUUAUUCCCAGAUGUUUGAAUUUAGAAAUCAGUGCAAAAGAAUUCCCAGAUAUUACUGUUAGAAGUUAUGACAAACACACACACACACAACCAUUUAUUUUGAUAUCCUUUCCUUUACAAGAAAAACCCCCAUAUACAUUAAAGUACAUAUGCAUAUGCAUAUGAUAGUUGGUAACCAUACACUGACAUAAAAACAGUGAAAAGUUUCUCAUAAAACAGAACCAGGUGUAAUCAGUUUUGUUUAUAUAGCAGUGUUUUUUUUCUUUUUAGUCAAGUUCAUUGAGGCAUAAUUUAUAUACAGUAAAAAUUCAUCCUUAAUUUACAGUUCUGAGUUUUGACAAAUGUAUAGUCUUGUAAUUAUUCCAACAAUCAAGAUCAGUAUAGUUACAUAACCCCCAAACUUCUCUACCCUGUUUUCCUGUCUCCCACUAGCCAUUGAUUUGUUUUCUGCCGCUAUAGUUUGUUCCUUUGCAAAAAUGUCAUAUCAUUUGGAUCAUAGUAAGUACUUUUUUGAGUUUAGCUUCUUUCAGUUAGCAUAAUGUAUCUGAUACUAUGUUGUAUGUAUUAGUAAUUCUGGUUCUUUUUAUUGUUGAUUUCCAGGGUUUGGCUGUACCACAGUUUGCUUAUCUGUUCACUUGUUGAAAAACAUUUGGGUUGUUUUCACUUAGGGUGGUUAUAAAGUCCCUAUAAACAUUUGCAUAUAGAGGUUUUUUUUGGUGAAAGAAAAUUUUCAUUUCUUUUGGGUAAGCACCUAUGGUGGGAUUGCUGGGUCAUAUGGUGAGUGUAUGUUUAGCUUUAUAAGAUACUGUCAAACUGUUUUUUGAAGUGGUUGUACCAUUUUGCAUUCCCACCAGCAGUGUGUGUGAGCUCCAGUUGCUCUCCUUGCCCAGAGUUUGCAUUGUCAGGGUGUUUGUUGUUGUUGUUGUUGUUUUUAACUUUUAGCUAUUUUAUUAGGUGUGUAAUAACACGUGGCUUUAGUCUGCGUUUUUCUAAUGACUAAUGAUGUUAAGUCUCUUAUGUUAUUUACCAUUUUUAUAUAUUUGUUGAAGUGUGUUCUAAGCUUUUGGCCCCUUUUUUAAAAAAAAUUAGAUUGUUUUCUUUUUAUUGCGUUUUGAGAGUUCCUUAUAUAUAUUGUGGAGUCAGGUCUUAUAUCAGAUAUAUAUUUUGCAGAUGUCAAUGGUUUUUAAACCUUCGUGCAACAUUAGACUGUUCAUGUUGAGAGCUUUACUAUAAACACAUUCCUGGCCCUACUAGAUACCAGCUAAAUCUCUUGGAUAUAGUCCCAGGAGUUUGUAGUUUUUAUACCCCGAUUAUAUACUUGGACUUACACAAUGGACAUUUGCAACAUACUGACUGAAAAUACUGUGGUCACCCUAGUGCAGGAAUCCUCCCUACUCUAAUCUCUCAAGCUUCUGCAGUGGCAACUCAUUUCUCUGUUAGUGUUCAAGAAUGAGCAGCAUUUUUUUCCCUCUCUAGUAAUUGAAAUUUGUUCCUCUAAGGUAGGGGUCUGCACACUAUGGACCAUGGACCAAUGCAGCCUACCCACCACUUGUUUUCUCAUAGCAGUGUGCCGAGAUUUUGCUGUCUUAGAGGACCACACCCUGGCCCACAGCCUACAGGAACAAGAGAUCGAGCAUCAUUUGGCAUCGAACAUUCAGCGGAACCGUUUGGUCCAACAUGAUCUCCAGGUGGCUAAGCAGCUUCAGGAAGAAGAUCUGAAAGCUCAGGCUCAGCUCCAGAAGCGCUACAAAGACCUUGAACAACAAGACUGUGAAAUUGCUCAGGAAAUCCAGGAGAAGCUGGCUAUUGAGGCAGAGAGACGACGCAUUCAGGAGAAGAAGGAUGAGGACAUAGCUCGCCUUUUGCAAGAAAAGGAGUUACAGGAAGAGAAAAAACGAAAGAAACACUUUCCAGAGCCCUCUGGAUCCAGUGCUUAUGGAGAUAGUUACUAUUAUGAAAAUGGAGACCAGCCACAGUCAAGGAGGGCAAGGGAAUUGGGUUCUGGAGUCUCAAGGUCAUGUAGACUCCAAAGUGAUGGAAACCAUGUGAAGCAAAGGAACAAGAAACCCAAACAUCCAAUGGAGAACUUGGAAGAACUAGAAGAUCAUUGUUCAUCAGGGAGAUUUCUCUCAUCCUAUAGCUUGGGCAAAGUGAGGGCCAACUCCCAAAUUGACACUGAGCAGCGUGAAAGGAAACGGUCUGAUCAUGAGAGACUUCGGAGACCUCCGCUUCCCAAGAUCAGUGGUGAGGUGUUUCUGAGCACUGGAUUUGAUGAUGGGGAGGCUAACAGUAUCCAUCGAACUUGGAAUUGGGAAAAACAGUCCAGACACCAAGACCAACUUUCACCCAAGUCUUCACAGAAAGCAGGGCUUCAUUGCAAGGAAGCUGUAUAUGGGAGGGACCAUGGGCAAGGUGAGCACAGAGAAAGGAGACACAGGCCCAGGACUCCUCCCUUCUCAGAGAGUGAGGAACAGCUCCAGCUCCGUGACACAGGAAUGAAGCCAAGAGGGAUGAAAGAAGCUGUCUCUACUCCAUCACAAGUGGCCCACAGAGAUCAAGAAUGGUAUGAUGCUGAAAUUGCCAGAAAACUGCAAGAGGAGGAAAUUUUGGCUACCCAGGUGGACGUGAGAGCAGCUCAAGUAGCGCAGGAUGAGGAAAUCGCUAGACUUCUCAUGGCUGAAGAAAAGAAAGCUUACAAGAAGGUCAAGGAGCGGGAGAAAUCGUCUUUGGACAAAAGGAAGCAUGACCCUGAUUGGAAGCCAAAAACAACUAAAUCGGCACACUCAAAGUCAAAAGAGAGUGAUGACCCUCACCGUUCUAAGAAUGACAGGCCAGCACGGCCACCACCACCUACCAUGACAGAGGCUGAAGAUUUGGAUUACACUCAUUUUACAAACCAUAAUUCCACACGUCAUUUCUCAAAAUCAGAAUCCUCCCAUAAAGGUUUCCAUCAUAAGCAGUAAAACCCUAGGAAUCUGCCUUGAGAACGGACUCACUGUAGCAAUCAUUACUGGAUGAUAUAGAAUGCGUUCCACACUCAUUUUUUUCCCUCCUGUGUUUGUAUUCCUGGGAUUUAUCUUCAAGUGUUCUUCUGGCCGUAAAUAAUUUUAAUUCAUUUAAAAAGUUUUGGUUAUUCCUGAUCACUUGGGCAGUACAAGAAAAUCUAGCUUCUGAAUAUUGGCCACCUCUCUGCUGCAUAUGCUUCCUGGGAUAUAGUAUCUAAAAGCUCUGUAAAAUGUCAUUUUUGUUAGGUGUGGAGUACUGGUAUCUAGAGACUAGGCUUUAUUUAGCAGUUAGAAUUUUGUGGAGAUUAUGAUCAGAGUAAAACAAUGUUUGGAUGCAAUACAGAAUAAAAGAAUAUAAGAAAUAGCUUUUUUUCGUGCGUUAGUAUAUGGUAUAUUGAAGGAUCUUUUGCUUUUUGUAUUCUUCAAGAAAAUAAAAAAAAUGACAACCAUAAAGUAUUAAAACAAACAAACAAAACCUGGAACAGUUGGAACAUGUUUUUGACCACCAGGACUAGCAGUUUUGCAUAUCCUUAUAAGCUCUCCUGGGAGAAUUGGCCCAGAUGUCAUUCUCUGACACUUUCUCUGCUUCUGCUGAAGAGCAAAUCUUUUGGAGGCCUCUGGGCACUGGGCUAUUUAUUAGUAUUUAUUGGCAAAAGUUUAAUUCUAUGAACUAUUAACUCAGGUCUGUGCAAAGUCAACUGAAAGUGAAAAAGUGAAAAACUUUGUACCCCUUCUCUUCUAUUACAUUUACAUAUAGAGCCCAGGGAAGUGGAAUUGGAAGGAUGUUUAUAUAAGUGAUAAUGCCAGCAUUCUCUCUGGACAUAGAUAAGUUUUCCUCUUACUUAAAAAACAGUGGUGUUUGUUGGCAGCCACUCAAAAAAUAUUUUAUCUGUCAGUAAUCAGAUUAAUUCAACAUGAAGUUGAAGUAGAGAAAAUGGUUCUUUACCCGGGUAUUGGCUUUACAUAUUCAUUAGUGAUACAUGGCAUUGGAUUCCUUUGUACAGGACCUUUAAAGCCCUCUUUGAGAAAUCUUGUCUUUGUCCAGCCCUUAACCUUGUGGAAAUGCUUAUUUUCCCAUACUUGUUAGUUAACAUAAAUGGCAGUCACACUACACAUAUAUAAAAAUGUCCCUUCGGCUUGACUUUCCAUUAUUUUUCAUUGUAUAAAUCUGAUGUUUUUGACAUUCCAGUGUAGUGUUUGUUUAGGAAAGAAAUACGCAGAUGACUAGAGAAAAAGGUUGUUAAUCCAUUCUUUUCCCACUGGGAACUGCCUAUUGUUUGCCUUAUCUUUCGGGAUAGUCUUUCAAGUCAGGCAAUAUUCAGGAAGCUAUUUAGAAUAGUUUCUCAGAGUGGAUUUGGGUCCUUUCAUUUUGAGAAAGAUCUUUAGUUCAUAACGUUUUUGGAUUGCAGAAACUUGGGUAAAAGGUUGCUAAGAGUCAAGUUUUAGGGAAAUGAUCAUCUAGAAAGAAAGAAACCCUAAAAGAUGAGUCAUUUUUAAGAAAUGGGGAAAGAGAAAAACAAACAGGACUUUGAAUGACGCUGAUGAAAUGAAUGAAGCAGAGUUAAGUAAGCAAGGGCUGAUGAGAUGGAGGUCCUAGCCUUAGUCACAUUCUAUAGGGUGCUUUCAGUAUCCAAAACUUAGGCCUUGUUGACUUCUAGUAAUGCUAUGUUUUUCUUUGUCUGCCCUGUGAUUUUGCUUCAUAUUUUAAAAAGUUUUUUUGUGGUAACUUUAAAGAAAACACAAUGUAUUUUUAUUUUGAUAGGCAAAUGGGCAACAUCAUUUGCCAUAUUUUUAUUUCAUAAAUGUUUAUUUUUCUAUCAUGCAGUGAUCAGAUUUAUUUACUUUAAAAAUUCUGCAUUUGUCUUGCUUCUCAUGUACUUUAUCCAAUCAUAUUUAUUACUGUAAAAUGCUAUCUGGAGGUAUUUUCAUUCAAAAAAAUGUGAGGCCAUUUAACAUUUAAGCCUUGGAUGUUAGUGUUUCAGCUGUCUUAGUGAGCGGCCAGAGGUGAUGUAGUUCCCUGUGACACCCAAUUCAACAUCUGUAUUGAAAAUCUGUUACUUUUUUUUUUUAGGUUUUUAAAAAAUUAGAAUUUUAAAAUAUUUUUAUUUUUUUUGUAAAGCAAACACUUUUUAAAGAGUAUCAGAGUAAUUCUUUUCUUCUUCUUAGUUAAAUCCUCUAAUUCUCAUUCAAAUAUUAUAAUUAUUAUCUUUAAGACUAUAGAAGUAACUAACAACUAUAUUAAAAGGAACUGCCAAACAUUCUUCACUGUGUUCUCUGCUUUUCACUUGGUUGUAUUUCUAUAAAUGUGGGAACGUUUUGUUCCUCUUUAUACCACUGGACCACACACAAUUUAAUUUUUAGGCCCACAAUGUAUUAUGCUUUAAUGUUGUGAUGUAAACUAAUAUGCUGGCCUUGGCAAUCUUUCUGUACUUCUUUUCUCUGGAGGCCCCAUUAACACUAGUAUUGCUGAAUGAGCACAGUAUGUUUUGAGCCUUAUCAUAAGGCUUCUGGAUGUGUACACCCUCUUCCCCCAACCUAACUUUUUGUAAUUCAUUGCUUGGAAGCAAGGUCCGACAAGGGUCAGAUUAAAUGUUCUGAGUUGAAAAAAAUUUGUAGUGUGAAACCAUUGUUAGACAUAAUUAUUUUGCAGGAGACUGGACAGUUGCUACAUAUGCUUUGAAAGAAUAUUGAGAUUUUUAGAAAGUGACUUUGCAUACCUUUGAAUUACUUUUUCUUGAGUGACUUUACAACAACCAGCAACAGACUAACGAACUUCAAAAAAGGCAUAGGUUUUUGAUCAUAGAGAAACAUCUAAAUUAGAAAAGAAAAUAUGGAUAGAUGUUUCCCAGGAGGAAAACCUUUUCACAUUUGCAGCGGCCACUUGGAUCUCCAUCAACAUUUUCCAAGGUGACCUUGGGCCUUGUGUUCCACUGAACUCACUCUAGAAAAUUGUGAACCGGACCUGUUUUCCCCUUUCCUUCUCUACUAUGGUCUGCAGCCGAACUGGAUGGUGAAUAAAGUCAUUGCUGACUCUGUCCACACAUUUCCAUUGAUGUCAGGACUUUUCAGUAUAAAUAUAAUUAACUUUUAAUGGAUAAUUAUUUUCUUCAAUACUGUCAGAUAUUCUCUAAUUUUUGUCUUGUGCCAAAUUGUUCUUUGGAAACACCUGCUAUAUAAUAUGGUGCAUUCAGUUUACCACAUCAGUGGUUAACAUUUUAGGGCCUUGAUUUUUAAUGGGUGUUGCCUUUGUAUAAAAAUCACUUUGGGGAAUAUCAGGAUUAGUCAUUUAUUCAGUGAUGGUUUUUUUGAAAGAUAACUGGUGACUGGACGUAAGAGCUUCCCUCUCAAUAAGGGGAGUGAGACCCCCGUGUAAUCAGCUUUCCGAGGGACUGAGAACAGAAUAGAACUUGCACUGAAAGGCUUUUUUUCCCUUUUGGGGAAACAGUAUUUGUGUGAAAGGAACACCGUUCAGGUAGAUUUCACUGCAGGUGGUGUGCCAUAUUCUCAUAAUGCAGGCUUUUUAGAAACAAUCAUAAAAUAACCAAAACCUGGUCUUUCAGCCAAAAGGAAAAAAACAGAUUUUUAAAGUACUUUGUCCCUUACUUACUGCUCAUAGUCAGAGAAGCGACUAGAUAAAGUGGUCCCAUUUUCUCCUCAUAUCUGGUGGUGCCUGUGAGUCUUAAAGCCAUAACUGCUUAUCUUACUGUUGAUAGAAUCCUGUUUUUCUCCUUUAGCUUACAGGGAAUGUGGUCAGGGAGAAGCGAACUGGAGACUGUUCUGAUAAUGCUGCACGGGGCACAGUGUCACCCAGAUUCCUGGUCAGAGAAUCUCAUUUAUCUCUGAUGAUACUUAGGAUUAUUAAAGGGGAGAGUCAAGGCUUUUGUUGCUCCUGACAUUUAACUGUUGUUAGAAAUGCUGCAGUUUUCUUCCAGAGAGGUCAAAAAGGAAGGGGUAAACUGGGAAAAUUUUACUUCUUACAGAGUCACUUUUCUGAUGAGGCUUGCACUUUUUGCCAGCAGUGUCUCGAGGAGCAGUAUUGCCUUAAAUUAGUUUGAUUCUGACCGAGUCAGUGCACUGUACUUCCUAUAUGUGAAUGACCGUCAACUCUCCAUUGAGAUACACAAUUCACUGGUGAUCCGCAAACAUCCUUGCCAUCAGAAACUCUGGAUUCCCUCCCACUGAGCUAUGGGUGACCUAUACACUGAUAGAUACAUCAUUUCAUUGAGUUGCCUCUCAGUCUGUGAACGAGCAGUGGCAUGGCCAAAACAGGCUGGCGGAAGGAGAGUGAGAAUUCCCUUGCCAGAUGCUCCCGGUUAUCACUUCCUGAAUAGAGAGUUGACUGUCUUUCUGUUCAAAGUGACCAUGUAGAAGAUACUUCCAAAGGCUGUAUUGUGUAGCAAAGUCAAUUAUUGUUUUGUGAGGAUUUCACCAACCCUCUUGUGUUUUUAAAUGCAUACCAUUGACAAAAAAAAAAGAAAAAAGAAAACCAAACGAAACAGAGACAUUUACUUGAAAUGGGAGCUCCUUAGAUGUGAAGAAUGUUUCUAUUUUAUUACUUUUAGAAGAAAAUUAACCAGGAAAAUUUUUGCUGUGGUAAGGAAAACACCAGAGUGUUUUUAUAAGGUUGUGUUUGAUGCCAUAAAUUGACAGAAUCAUCUAAGUAAUCAUGUUGAUUUGUUGGAAAUAUCUAGUGCUGGAAACCAUCUUCUUCCCUUCUGUAUCUGUGAAUACUGCCUAGGAGCAUGUUCCUAAUGCAUUUUAUAUGCUAUUGUUUAUUCUUGGCAAACUAGAGGAUGGGUUUCUCCUUUUGAAUAACUUGCAAUAGCAAAGUGAGCCGGCACUGCCAGCAUUUCAGAUGAGGACCGAAUUAAUUAGGCAUUUUAGUUAGUGCCCCAUUACUCAUUGCUGAGGUUCAUAUAGAAAGAAGAGGAGAAUUGAAAGACAGGGUUCUUGAGGGACAUGUCCUUCACAAAAGAGCAAGGACUAAGAGCAGUAAAAAGACAGCUAAGAGAAUAUACCAUUACACAUUGCAUACUUAGGCUAUAUUUUUGUUGCAGUGAAUUUCAGACCAUAAUUGCUAAAAUAGUUUCUAGCUAUUAAAUUUAGUAAGAGGGUUUUUGAUGUCAGAAUUUUUUUUUAUUUCUGAUUGAAUUAGCCCCUGAAAUCACUGAAUUAGCCCCUGAAACUUUAGCUCUUGCUAUAAACUGAAAGCCAAAUGCCCUUUUUCAGAAGUAGCUAGAUUUUUCACCUGCCUCUUAAAGACAGCCCAAUAUUUGUUUCAUGAAGUAUUAUAAAUAAUGAGGAGAUACAGUGGGAAGGUAGCAUAUAGGUGUUCCACAAUAAGAAUUCUCUAUAAUAGGGUUUUCCUUAAAAAGAAUCCAUCCCAGAACAACAUUAUAUUUUGAAAAGGUGCUGGAUUAUAAAGUACAGGAGUAUGCACAUAUAAAUCAAGUUGCUCAGGAAAUGAGAGGUGGUGCUGUCAUUUGUCUUAAAAUUCAGAAAAGUGCUUUCCUGAGAAAAAUUGCAUAGUGCCCAGGCAGUUUUGGAUUCUUUGGUAAGAAGCCCUUUGGCAUCUGGAAUGUGGAUAUGUUUAAAAAAUGAGUGAGAUGUUAACCCAAGUGCUCAUCAACUUGUAGCCGAGCCCCAGAAGGAAAGGCAGCUUUGAAAUAGCUACUUCAUGGAACUGAACAGAACCUUGAUGGAAUCCAGUUGUCUGUCUGAGGACAGAAAACAAAGAGGCCACCUCAAACCACAUGCCUAUUUAGAGAUUAGAUGAAACUGUGAGGGACACUCUCUGGAUGCCUUAAAGGUGACUGGUGUUGAGUACUGGUGGGUAUGUACACACCCAUCUGGACUAGGCUGAUGGAAACCGUCUAUUUCCGUUCACCUUCACACAGCACAAGUCGUUCCUGUUGAUGACCUCAUUGAGGAACACGAGAAACAUGGUGCUGUUGACUUCCGUGUGUCUUGGGAGGUUGAGGUGGUCAUGUCAGUCAGCACUCUCCAGUGCUCACGCCUCCCUUAAAUGCCAGUUCUACAUCUACAUUAGUUCAUCUAUGCAAGCUUAUGUUUUUAUGGUUUGUUUUCUACACUCAUGUCCCAUUUGAUUGUUUAAAUAUCAGGUUUAACAUUAAUAUUAUGAAUAAUUUUUAAACCAAAGUAUGUAUAUGUCUGUGUGCUUGUUUUCCUGGAUGGUUUGAGGCAAACACCAGUCUUGUCCUUCUCUCUUAAUAAAGUCAUCCAUUUCUUAACAA